AUGACAACUGUUGGUCAACAGACGUUUCUUGAUCAUUGGCCAAUGAUGCAAAGUGAAAAUAUUAUUGAUGAAAGUGGUUCAAUGUCGAAAUACGCGAGAUUAGAUUUAGCCGAAAACGAACGCUUCGCACGCGAAAAUCAUAGUGAAAUUGAACGGCGACGGCGCAAUAAGAUGACUUAUUAUAUAAAUGAACUCGCCGAAAUGGUUCCGCAAUGUGCUGCACUGGGACGAAAGCCCGAUAAACUGACCAUUCUUCGCAUGGCCGUCUCUCACAUGAAAGCGAUUAGAUGUGGUUCGCAGAAUGGCACGGAAGCGUCGUAUAAACCAUCGUUUCUUACCGAUCAAGAGCUGAAACAUCUAAUUCUUGAAGCAGCAAAUGGCUUUUUAUUUGUGCUUUGUUGUGAGACUGGUCGCGUUCUUUAUAUUGCCGACUCUAUUAUACCGGUUUUAAAUAUGCGACAGGAAGAUUGGCUUCAUCAUACAAUCUACGAGUUGAUACAUCCUGAUGACAUAGAAAAAGUACGAGAUCAAUUGAACGGUAGUGAAGCAAACUUAAAUCGGGUUUUGGACUUAAAAACUGGUACUGUUAAGAAGGAUCAGGGUUCUGUUCGCGUUCAUAUGAGUUGUCGUCGGGGUUUCAUAUGCAGAAUGCGGUUAGGUCCACUUGAACCUUUACAUCGCUUAUGCAAUCGUCGACCACUUUUCACUUAUAAUGGUCAUAAUUAUGUUGUUGUACAUUGCACCGGAUAUGUAAAAAAUUCACCUCCAGUGGGUUUGGAUGCACCACAGUCAAGUUGUCUUGUUGCUAUUGGACGUUUGCAAGUAGCAAGCAUGCCAGUUAGCCCUGAAAUUGCUUCUCCUCCUCAAUUUUCUCUUCGGCUUGCAGAAGAUGGAAAAAUAACAUUCGUCGAACAAAGGGCAACCUCAUUACUAUCUGUUUCAACGGAGCAGCUGUUAGGACGAUAUUGGUGGCAGAUUGCACAUCCAGCUGACGAACAGACCCUUCAUGAUACUCUUGUGCGUGUUAUGCAGAAUCAACCGACCCAAGUUUCGGUGCGUUUGAGGUCGUCAAAUGAUUUUUAUGCUUGCACUGUUUCUGCACAUAAAUUUUUGAACCCAUAUUCGGAACAGUUUGAAUAUGUUGUAGCCACUCAUGUGCUUAUUCUCAAUAAUAAUGAAACUUGGCAUACAACUUCCCAGGUUUUUCAAGCACCAUCCCAGUAUGACCAAUCUGGGGCUGCUGAGUGGACUUCAGCAACCAGUUUUAAUCCUGACGGACUUCUACCUCCUAUUAGACGACAAAAUAUUUGGCAGGACCAGUGGGCAUCUGUUGAUCAAUUCGGAAAUAGUUCUCAAUUGAAAAUGUAA